AAGUCAGAGUUGUAUAUAUCAACCAGACAGACAACAGUACAGUGUUACAGUUUGUCACCUCAGUCUUUAGGUUUAAGUGAAUUCCACUCUUGAAAACAAUGGACUGUGGUUUUGAUAAACUAGAUGCAGCUGGUUUCCUGGAAAUCUGGCAACACUUUGAUGCAGAUGGUAAGGAAAGUUCAUUAUUAUCAUUUUUCAGAGAUACCUUUAAAUGGUUUUAUUGUUUUAUAAUGUAAGCCCUGUUUAUAGAAGUCUUUUCAUCGUAGUAAGACAUUUGUGAGUCCUUUACAAUCAGGAUUUGGAUUAUUUCUGUGACUGCAGAGUGCAAAAUUGAUGCAAAGGGUCAAUGUGUAACACCAGUGAAACUAUGUCAAUGUUAAUAUGAAAAUAUUUUAUGAGCUGAUGUUGAUGAAGACUGUUGCUGACUUUACUGUCACUCAAACAUGGUUAAGAAAAAUUAAAACUUGAUUCCUGGAUUAAAAAAGACAAAAAAACAAACAAACAUGUUCUUUUUAUUUGACAGAUAAUGGCUACAUUGAGGGUAAAGAGCUGGAUGAGUUUUUCCGCCAUAUGAUUAAAAGACUGGGUUCACAGGUGAGUCAUUUUGUUUGAUCUGUUAAGAGUGAUGACACCAGUUCAAUCCAUUGCAUGUUUCAGGCAGCUGCAAGAGAAUAAAGCAACAAGGUGCGACUUCAGUAUCAUUGUUUUUGAAUUUACAAUAAUGUACAGUAUAAUUCCACUCGUUUAUUAUUCUAUAUGAGAAUUUUAUGUUGUUAUAUGAACAGUGCUUUAUGUACACAUUGAUUUUUGAUUCAUUAUUUUAAUCAGGAGCAGCAAACGUUUAAUUAAAUGCACAUAACUGUAUUUAGUAAUAUAAGGUCAAAUGAGAAACCAACUGUAAACAGCUUCUGGAAAAUGCACAAAUUGUCCUCACAGAUCUGCAUUACUUUAUCUCUGCUGUGUAAUCAGCUGGAGCUCGAUGUAGCCAUCAGGAUGGGUGGGGUUAAUGUAAGGAUGUUGGACACAACACAAUUAGAGGGCUCUGGACUCUGUCAAAAUGAUCUCUUAUAAUUUUAUAACAGACAACCUGUUGAGCAUGAAAUUAUUAGUUCACUUCCAGACUACAUUUGUGUGUUAUUGUGUGUUACCACUGUGUGGUUGUGUGCUAAUGGGUCUGUGCUAAAACAAACACUUUAAGACCACAUGUCACUUUGUGUCUCUGAUGUUUGCUUUGCAUCACUUAAGCCCUAAGGUAAAGUACUGCUCUGAGCAUUCAUCUCUACACAACACAGUACAGUCUUUUAAUCUCAUUAUAUGCUGCUCAGUUUUAAAAGCUUUAAAUUUCCAUUCAAACGCUUAUAUGGAUCCAAAUACAUUUUCACAUUAAACACAACAGGAUGAAUGUUGCAGUUAGACCCGUGCAGUUAGGUAAUUGUCUUAUAUUGUAAUCUCUAAUGUCAUGUUUACAUGAGUGCCUCCCUGGUAGUGGUUAAUGGGGAUCCAAAUUCAUGAAUGCUCCCGGUCAGUGGGGUAAAAACCUUUGCCAAGCAACAGGGGAGUGCUGGCACUAAAUGUGGAGAUGAAGAUGAAUCCAUGUAAUCUCUGUAAAGAGUACAGGUCUGCAGUCAGGAGGCUGUGCACCCAGUCUGGCCAUCAUGAAAUAGACUUCAGCAUCUUUGGGUAACCAGGUUUUUACAGAAACAGAAAAAUAAGGGAGGUUUCUAUCUGUCAUUCUCUUGUCUAAACUGCGAAAAUAUAAUAAAAAAUUACUCAGAAAACUCAGGUGUGUGAAAAUGGCUCAUUGUUUGAUUUUUGAGUAAGGAACGUUCGAUGAGCUGCAAUCAUCUCAGGGUUCAGAAGGCAGACCUUGAAAGAACAGGUAUCUGGGAGCAGUCUCCAUGGAGAUGCUACUUAAAAUAAAUGUGACUCAGCUUGAACAACAUUCCUCUUUCAAAAACGAGUUUUAUCAGUUGAUGAUGUGCUUUUGUCUCGUGAAUGGGUAUAAAUUCAACAAGAGUUUUUUUUCUACAUUUGUAAACAUAGUAUCUGAGUUUCACUCAUUAUAGAACUUGAUGUUUUUUUUUUUUUUUAAAUGGUAAGAUCUGCGUCAAAUUUGUCUUUGCAGGGGAAAGUGACUGAAGAGAGGGUUCAGAGAGUGAAGCAGAGGUUCAUGUCAGCCUAUGAUGUGACUGCUGAUGGGCGACUACAGAUUCAAGAGGUACAUGAAAGCCUUUUUCACUUGACCAUUAACUUUCAGACUUAUCCAGAGUAAAUUUAGGUGAUGUACUCAUUCUGCUUUAAGUCAGAAAACUGCAUUUUCUGUCUGCAUCUUAGCUUUUUUUCAGAGAGGAAACGAAACACCAGUCCUCUCCUUUUAUCUCUGUUACUAUCUGUUCAUCAGCAAGCUUUCUCACUUACAACUUCCUCUAUCACACAUCUCCUUCCUGUCCUCUUUGCUCUCUCUAAUGGAUUCAUCCACUUGCCCUGUCUCUUCUCUUCCACCAUCCCAUUGCAUCUGGUCUUCAUCUUUUAUUAAUCUCAUGUAUCCAUGACAAUGACACAGUUUGUUCCGCAUUCAACUGGAAUACAGACUAAUUUCCGAGAUUGCUGAGAAUCAUGCUGAGCCAUCUUGUACAGAAGAGAUGAGAGCUGCAUUCAAAGCUGGACUAAAAAGUCUAACAAUGUACCAUACAUAGUGCAUGAACUAUACUAAACCCUAUGUAAUUUGUGCACUGAACCGUUUAAAUCCUUCAUCUAGGAAUGACUCCAAUGAACAUUUUGGAGAUUCUAGACGCUGCAAAAGAAAUUGGUUAUAACUCCUGAGGGGUGAUGUUAAAAAUGUCUUUUUAGGUCAGUUUAUAAAACCAAACCAGCAUUUAAUUGAUGAAUUAAGAGGUUCCUUCUCCUUCCCAGAAACAUAAAACUAUGCUCUAAUGACUUGGCUCUCCCUCUCUUCUCCUGGCACAACAGCGGUUGCAGCUCCUCAUCAGAGCAAUUCAUUCUGUGACAGGAGCUUGUGCGCAUUCAUUAGACUCAACCCUUAAUGUCUUGAACUCACAGACCCCAAAUGCUCUGGCUUUUACUCAUAAAGAUGUGGAAAAAUCAAUACAUGUGUGCCAUGAGUGGCCUGUUGAAAACCAUAAUUUACAAUGGUUGAUGCAGGAACAGUGAGAUGAAACCUCUUUGCAGAAAAGCUUCUCUUAAAGCUUCACUUCCUGGCCAGGUUUGGACGAAUUAAUGGGUCUCUUUUAAAUCAAGUAUUUCACUUUAAGAAUCUCAGAGGAUUUUUACAAUCUUUUUUAGCACAUAAUGAAUGCAGUUUAUAGGGGAACAGUGGGUGUCUAAAUAUAUUGGUUAAAAAUACUAAAACACUGUUUAAACUGCAAUUGUUUAAUGUUGAUUGGACCUUUCUGAUCCCAGUUCUAUUCAACAAGCUCAGCAUCAGACUGACAAACCAAUCCAAGAUGGGUUUGCUACACCAGCUGCUGACUGUGAGAAUUAUGACUCCUCUAAUAAAUACAGACCCCAAUUCCAAUGAAGAUAAGACAUUGAGUAGAAUCUGAGUAAAAACAGAAUACAAUGAUUAGCAGAUCUUUUUUGACCUAUAUUCAAUUGCAUGCACUACAAAAAAAGAUAUCUAAUGUUCAAACGGGUAAACUUCAUUGUUUUGUUUUUGCAAACAUUUACUCAUUUCAAAUUUGAUGCCUGCAACAAGUUCUUAGAAAGCUGGGACAGGGUCAUGUUUACCGCUGUGUUACACCACCUGUCCUUUUAACAACACUGAGUAAGUGUUUGGAAACUGAGGACACUAGUUGAGCUUUAGAGGUGGACUUGUUCUUUCCCAUUAUUGCUUGAUGUACGACUUCAGCUGCUCAGCAGUUCAGGGGUCUCUGUUGUGGUAUUUUGCACUUCACACAUUUUAAUACAAGUAGGCCAGUCUAGUAUCCACACUCUUGCUGUACGUACAGAGUCUGUGUAGCAGGGACGUCCCUGAAAAAGACGUGGCUUGGAUGGCAGCACAUGUUCCUUUCAAAACCUGUAUGUACCUUUCAGCAUAGUGGAGCCUUCACUGAUCGUUGUAUUCUGUUUUUAUUCAUGUUAUACUCAACGCCCCAACUUUAGUGGAGUUGCUCAGUUUGCAUCUACUUGGCACUUUUAGCUUAUUUGUGGUUUUGGUUUCCUCCUGCAUCCUCACAGCCAAUCAACAUCAGACCCUUCGCAGAGCUGUCACAUCCUGUGUGGUAUCUGCCAGCUUUUUCUUGUCUACUUUGAUGCUUCAUGGUUUAUAACCAUAGUUUACGUAUGAGUAAAAAUCUUCUCAGCUCUAUAAACACAAUCGCUCUUGCACCUUUACUGCUGAGUAAGUGUCUCAGCAUGUAUCUGAAGUGGCUGUAGCAUAUCAAGAAGUAAGGAUGCCUUUAAGAGACUUCAAUGUUUGUAUUAAACUGCAAUAUCAGGUGUUGUGUAAUUCACCUUUGCUAUUGCUAUGAUGAAUCAACAGUGCUUGCACAGUUUUUGCAGGUUAUCGUGUAUUUGUGGUUAAUGGAUUACAUCUUGUAUUUGUAGGUCCAGGUUUCAAUUUCAGGUUUUGAGUUUUUGCACUUCUGGUUCUAAAUAAAUAUGAACUGAAACAGAGAAUGAAGAAAUAAUGACUGAGCCCAUUAUAUUAUUAUCUCUUCAUCUCAGACAUGUGUUGGUUGAUUUCUGCUUCUCAUUGGGUCGGCUCACUGGUGGCGCAUUGCGUUUUAUCCCAUUGUGAGCCGUUGUGCAGCUUUCUGAUCCAAAUGGCUGCGGUAUCAUCUUGUAUUUUAAUUAAAUUGAUGAUGGGAGCCAGUUUAAUCUUCUAAUGCAGGGCUGAUACUAUUAAAGAAGGACAGCAGGGAGAAGAGCAACAUGAGCUGGAGAAGAGCCAGGAGGAGCCAGGAGGAAUAUAAAUCUGACAUCCUCUCUGUCCUGGUGCAUCUGACUUUGAGCUUCAGUUUGUACUAAAACCAACAGCUGAGACAAAAGCCGGCACAUUAAUGCAAAAACACAUCCAAGGAUUAUAAAUUUGAUCUAAUUUUAAAAUCUAAAAACAAGCCUCUUCUGACAGUUUCCCAGGGUGACUGAACUUCUACUGGAUUUAUUUUAUUAUUUGAAAUUUUGAUGUAAAAAGCCAGAUACCUGACUUCAUGAAGACAGGCCAGACCAUGACAAACUGAACGAUCACUAACAGAAUGUCAAUCACUAACUUAAGCUCUGAUCUCUGACUUUGUUCCAGCUGGCCAACAUGAUACUCCCUCAAGAUGAAAACUUCCUGUUAAUUUUCCGCAGAGAAGCUCCUCUGGACAACAGCGUCGACUUCAUGAAGGUAAAUUCUUCAAAAAGACCUCACCCGACAGUUUGACAGGGGACCGUUGUAGUAUUGUCUGUUUUUUUAGUUCCAGGUCUGUCUAAUUUGCAUUGUACUGAAGUAAAAGUAUGCCGCAAAACAAGUUGAAAAUCAGAAUGACAGACUGUUAAACACAAACUCAAAUACUUGCUUUGCUUCACCAGAUAUUUGACUUGAGGACUGGAUUAAAUAAUUAGAUCUUUUUUUCUUUCAGGUGAGGUUGUCUGGGGUAGUUAUAAAAAGUCAGUGUGUUAUCUGCAGAUGUUGGUGGUUAGCACAGCGUCAGUUUGUAAAAGCUGCAUUCAGCACUAAAACAGAAGCUGAGCUGUUCUCUGCUGUGGGCAGAGUUUGUUCUACAGUACAGCUACUUAAUCGAAGAGGUAUCGAUAAUGACCUCCUUCAGAUAAUCUGUUCUCUGCCUUUAAAGCCAUAGAAAAAUAAACAUGUGCAGUACACGUUUAAUCAGUCACCUCGAUCGUCUUUACAGAGGACAUUUAUCUGCAUCAUCACAUUCACCAAAUAGUCCAUGGGCCCGCCAGAUAUUUGGUACACCUCAGGGUGGCAAAUUUAAUCUACAGCCCCGCUAAAUAUUGGUUAUCAGCUCAUGAAGUUAACCACCCCUUAAGAUAAAUGUGAUAUUUUUACACUGAUGUAUAUCUGGUUUAGGCUCAUGGCAGGGACAUUUCUCAAAGGUUUACAAUAGACUGUUUGGUAUCAUUUUAAAGGGGAUCCUUGUGGCUUUCAUUUAAGCCUAUAUGUGUUUAUCUUAGACCAACAUGGAAGUCACUAGAGCUCUUUAAAUCACAAAAAAUACACAUUUUCCUGCAAUUUUUGCCUACAUGAUAUACUUUCUUUUGGCCAUAUGUCACCCAGGGACAUCAGGGAUAGAAGAAUUACAAACUGCAAUACUCUUGGGACUCAUAACAUUCAGAAGAUAGAUGGAUGGCUGGAUGGAUGGAUGGAUGGAUGGAUGGAUAGAUAGAUAGAUAGAUAACCCUUCCCUGCUUAGUCUGUAAAGCAGUUUAAAAGUCAGGUUGGAACACAUGCAAAUUAUGAGGAAGUUUUGCGCAUCAAGCACAGUUUAAUAGGAUCUGUAGGCUAGUAAAAUCUCAUCUAUAUGAUGUCUAACAUUUCCAUCAACUGUGGAUCUUAAUGAGAGUAAUAUAUCAAAAGUGAUCAGAUGCCGUGAUGACACUUUAAGGGUGUCAUGUCAAGUUUAGCCGUAUCCCAUAAGACUUAAAUGCACCUGCAGACCCUGGUCACAUCAUGUAAGCUUUUGUUGGUUUCUCCCCUCUCCUUCUGCAGAUCUGGAAGAAGUAUGAUGUGGACUGCAGCGGCUACAUAUCUGCUCAGGAGCUCAAGGUUUGGUGGUCAACACGAAUAAAAUGCACAUCUAUUCAUAAUACAGAACCUAUUACUCAUCUCUUUAGCUCAAGGAAAUAUGCGUGUGUAGGAGAGGCUGAGAAUGAGUGUAACCCUCAGCCGCUAUUUCCUGCAGUCUAACACAAAGAAAAGUUCAGACUCUCACUACUCGAUUUUCAAGGAGAGGAUAAUCUUGCUUACGGUUGGAUUACAAAAGGGUUCAGCUACACUCAGUUUGUUCAACAGUAAACACAAAUGAUACUUCAUUCUUUGUGUAUUUUUUCAAUGGAUUUGAUGGUUUGUUAAACCUUUGACUGACAGGCUUUCCUGAAAGACUUGUUCCUGCAGCAUCACAAGGAAGUGUCAUCUGAUAAGCUGGAGGAGUACACAGACACGAUGGUAAGUGUGCAGUUCAGUCUCAGAGACAGUCCUUUGUAAAGCCCUGAAGUAAUACUGUAGUUACAACGAAACAAAACAAAACAAUGGCCAUCAUAUAUUGUUAAAACUGUCAGUUUUAGGCUUUCUGUCAUAAACAAAAGUCUAAAUAGAUUUGAAAGCUACAAAAACUUUUCUUCCAGCUGAUGUAGACAAAAGGCACAAGGACACAGAGAACAGCUUGUAUAUUGCACACAUGUAUCGUCAGAUUGAUGGUUAUUUAUUUAGCCUUGGAGGGGUGGAGCAGGAACGUGCAGUAAAUCUAACAUCUCAAUAAGUCUUCUUUUUCCUGCAGAUGAAAAUCUUUGACAAAAACAAGGAUGGCUGUUUGGAUUUGAACGACUUGGCCAGGUAAUCGUCAAACAUGAUGAUAAAAGAACAACAUUUAAAAUUCCAUAGAGUUUCAAAACAGCUGUUGCAGUAAUUGUAUCUGUACUGACUGAGCUGAGGUUCAUGGGUAGACAUGAAGGCUUUAGGAUAGCUAGAUUUCAAAUUUGACAUUAUUGUUUUGAAGUUUUUCUUAAAUUUCACUUCAUUUCUUCAAUUUUUAAUGUUGCUUUUUGUUUUGGACUUUGAAAAUGCUUAGUUUGAGCUCAGUUUUAGGGUUAGUGUGUAGUUUUUUGUAAACUUUGACCCUUGUCAGGUCCAGAUUAAAAGGACCAGAAAGAGUUUGACGGCUUCCUGAACUGCUGUUUUUUUCUGUCAAUUUAUUUUUCUUCCUCCAUUAGGAUCCUUGCUUUGGAGGAAAAUUUUCUGCUCCAGUUCCAAAUGGAUGUAAGUGUUUCUUCAACUAAAACAUAAAGAUGAAACCAAGUUACAACACUGUAAAAAUAAAUCUUUUGUGUUUCAUUUUUAAAAUGUUUCCUACUUUUUAAUCCAUAUGUUGUAUCUUGUGUUUCUCCCAGGCCUCCAGUAAAGAAGAGAGAAAAAGAGAUUUUGACAAGAUCUUCUCCCAUUAUGAUGUUGUAAGUACAUUAUUGCACAGAGUGGGACUGUUGUUUCUUAAUUUCAUCACUUCAGAGCUCAUUAAAGCACUCGGAAGAGGAAGUGAACAGUGGGUUAUUUGAUUUUUGAGGUGUGGUUGUCUGUUACACCAAAAACCAGCAAAGCUUCACAUUCCCCUGAUAGAAGCUCUCCACUCAACUCACAUAUCACUGCCAUAAUGUUCAUAAUAUGUCCUUUAUUCAGAAAAGUACCCGCAACAACAGCUCUAAUUAUCUCCUUAAUUCAGUAAUGAAACAUAAUAAGACCAUUUGGAUUUCACGUCACUCUCUGGUCAGUUGACUUAACUCAGUGUGACUCAUUCUCAGGAUGGCCCUGGAUAAAAUCAGGAGUCAGCAAUUAGUGUGUCUGACUCUGUAAAAUAAUAUAAAUUACAUUUUUUUUCAUGGAUUAUUAAGUGGUACUUAUUCCCUCAUAUCAGGGCUUGUUUUGAAACUCUGAUUAAUAGGUCAACAAGUGGAAACUUUGUCUAGUUUUUGAAAUGCUGUUUUAAGUUUACCACGGAUCUAGAAACACUGCUCUCUGAGGGUGAAAAUAUGCAUAAAAUCAUAGUAAGCAGUUUAAAAUAUCCUAAUACUCAUGGUGAAAGACUAAACUCACAUUUUAAACCAGUCUACAUACAUCACUACAGGCGCAAGCUUUUGUUUGACUUAGUUAAAAUCCCGCUUGCACACCUUGUAUUGUGUUAUUUUACCAUAAAUUUGACUGUGUGGUGGAAAUUUAAUGAGCAUGCUGGGAUGUGUCAGGCUCUGAAAAAUUCACUAUUGACAUAAUAAACCUAAACUUGCUAAAAUAGUCAUUUAAACUUUGAACAUGUUGAGGAUGAGCAACUUUCUGCUGCUGACGAAAAAAUCUGCAGCUAACUGUUGAACGUUCAAUCAUUUAAGACAUCCUUUGGACUUCUCUCUUCCUGUUCAGAGUAAGACUGGAGCACUGGAGGGUCCUGAGGUGGACGGCUUUGUCAAAGACAUGAUGGGACUGGUUAGGGUAAGACUUCCCUUUGUGUUUCUCAUCAAAAAUACACUAUUGACAUAAUAAACCUAAAAUUGCUAAAAUAGUUACUCAAAUCCACGCUGUCAUUGUACUGAUAUCUUAUCACUUAUGAUAAACACAAAAAAGCAUCUUUGCAACAAACAAAGAACAUAUUCACAGUGAAAUGUCUUCCUGUAUUCCCUCACUGUAUUUUCUUUUCCACCACCCUCAGCCGAACCUCACAGGUCAUGACCUCGACAAGCUACGAGCCGUGUUGUUGAGCCACUGUGACGUCAACAAGGAUGGCAAGAUACAGAGAAACGAGCUGGCUUUGUGUCUGGGAGUCAAACCCAAAUGUUAGGUAGUCAGAUGAGUGGAUCUGUCAAAUUUUACUGAGUCUCAUUUAAGACAAAUUAUUUGAUCCCUCAAAUUUUGACAGUUUACAAUCAAAUCAAAUCAAAAUGGAAUGACUGUAAGUCUUGUGUGAUAUCAAAUAUCAGUGUCUUCUGCAUGUUGUACUCUGCUUGAGUGUAAGUAAAUGUUGGUGUAUCUUGAAGGGCUGUCUGUGCUGUAAGUUUGCAACAUAUUUAUGAAUUUGUUAGCGACCAAAGUGAAAACGUAGCAUGUUUCGUAUUGUAGGAUAAUUUUUUCUGUAUGUUUGGCGAUGAAGUUUGUCAUAACUAAAAGUUUGUUUUUUGCAUGGUUCUCCAGCAAGUAUGCCAAAGUGUCUCAUGUUGCUGUAAAUUUAUUAUAAUGGGCUGUGGAGGAAAUUAAAUGAUGACAAGUGAUAAAUGAAUCCAA